GAUUGGUGGGCUUCUUGCCAAUUACGCUGCGGUCCUUCUACAAAAUCAUCGAGAGUGACGGAAAACGAAGACGUAAUGGAGUGAUCCGUGGUGUUCGUGUAAUGGGUUAUCCUCUUCAUAAUUUUUGGUGAAUUCCGCGACCGGGAGUUGCCAUGAAGGCCGGGGCCUCCUCUGUGUGGGCGUCAUGCUGUGGCCUGCUGAACGAGGUGAUGGGUGCCGGGGCGGUCCAUGGCCAGCAGCCAGGCUUCGGAGCUGGGGCGGGACCCUUCCGCUUUGCCCCCAGUGCUGCAUACUCCACCUACCCGCCUGCUGCCUCCGGGCCCCUGGGACCCACCUGCAAGGCCUGUGGCCUGGAAUUCUCCGUCUUUAGGAGGAAGCACAUCUGCAGUGACUGCAAGAAGAGCUUCUGUUCCCUGUGCUCUGCACUGCAGGAGAACCUGCACAGGUGUGCCAGCUGCCACUUGCUGCACGGCACCGCUUUCCAGCGGCCGCAGCUUAUGCAGCUGCGCGUCAAGGACCUGCGGCAGUACCUGCUGCUGCAUGACGUCCCCACCGACACCUGCCGCGAGAAGGAGGACCUGGUCGACCUGGUGCUCUGCCACCAGAGGGCGCUGUGUGGUGAGGAGGACGAGGAAGAGGACGAGGAAGAGGAGGAUGAUGAUGAGGAUGAGGAAGAUGAUGAUGAAGAAGAUGAUGAUGAUGAUGAUGAUGAUGAUGAUGAUGAUGAUGCCAACACCAGCAGCUCACACUUACAAGCCUUCCAUGUCCCGCCUCCUCGCACCUUUGAAACAUCGGCGCUCUCCGCCCCUCAGGGAGACCCACUCAGCGGGACUGACAGCUCAGGGACCAAUCAGCAGGGUGAGGGAGAUGGUGGUACCUCGCUCUCCCUCGUCAAUGUGGGACCAGGUGGCAGGGAGCGGCAGCCCCAACAGGCUAGCCCCCUGGGCCGCAAGCGCCCGCAAGCCUCUCUUUCGGACCUCUCCAGUGAGCAGGACAUUGAGGGCCUGACGGUCCGGCAGCUCAAAGAGAUCCUGGCCUGCAACUUCGUCAGCUACUCUGGCUGCUGCGAGAAGUGGGAGCUGAUGGAGCGCGUGGGCCGGCUGUACCGCGAGGCUGAGCACAACAGGAAGUCCAGUGAGAGGCCCCGCCCACCCACCAAAUUGCAUGUUCUCAUUGGCUGGUCCUAUAUCAGUGGGAGGAAUUAUGCCACAUUGGAGAAUGUCAGUCAUGGCAUGAGUGCAGUAGUAGCAUUUCCCUCCUCUCUCUGCACUGCUGCAAUUGUAGGUGGGACCAAACCACAGCUGGCCAGCCAGGAUGACAGCCUGUGCCGCAUCUGCAUGGACGCUAUGAUCGACUGCGUGCUGCUGGAGUGUGGUCACAUGGUUACCUGCACCAAAUGCGGCAAGCGUAUGAGCGAGUGCCCCAUCUGCAGGCAGUAUGUGGUGCGCGCUGUACAUGUCUUCAAGGCCUAGCUCCACCCCCACGCCCCCUUACUGGUACCUUGCUAGCCUCCUGACAGCUUCCACUUCUGUUUCCUCUGGACAGUCGUGGCUCCACGUUGGCAAACAGGCCCCAUCUCCCUGUUUUUCAGUUUUGUUUUUUUUUUAAACCCAGCUUCCUCUCCCUCCUUUUCCCACAGCAGCGGUGUGACUCGGUCUGCUUUAAAUUUCUCAAUUAUUGCUGCAGACCCGGGUGUGGAAAACCGGGGCGAUAAUGGAUUAGGCCGCAACUCCCAUCACGGGCAGGAACUGAUGUGGGAUCUCACGCCUCGAGUCCAUGCACCCUGCCUCUGUGGGAGAGUCUGCCAUGACUUCUAGUCUUGGUUUAGUCUGUGUUCAUAACUGUGGGUGUGAUUAUUUUGUAUUUAUUAUAUUUAUGUAUUUUUAUUUAAAGGGAUGGCACCAUGCUGCAUUUCUGAGCUCACUGUUUUUACAUCGGAAUGUAAAGAUAUUUAAAUGUACAUGUAGCUCUAUCACCCCUCCCAAAUCUCACCACAUGAGCUGCUGCACUUACUGACCGAAGACCAGCUACUGUUCAGAGGCUGGGGUGUGACCUCUGUGCCAAACUACGGAUGUGUGUGCAUCUACGUCAGGUGUUUAAGUCUGUGUCUUUCUGGAAUGUUACACUGUACAGGUCUACAGGUCUCUCCUGUUGGGGAGCAGAGGCCGGAAAGAGGAAUCUAAACCAAAUAUGGCCGACAUGCAUGAACAGUUGGGUCAUGGUUCCACUGCACUGUUGUCCCAACAUGUUAGACAGGCUGGUUAUGAGAGUGUAAUGCUCUCCUCGUGGGUGGUGUGGCUGAUCAGUUACUCACAGUGAGAGAAGCGAGAGAGGAGCUUUGUCUUGAUGUUGGGGAAAACCCCAGUGAUUCACUUUCACCCUCAACUUUUUUUGUAUUUUUUUGUGUUUAGAACAAGGCUUCUCACCCUGGUGAAGUGAUCGAUAGCAAUUAAAUGGGGGACUUUGUGUCCUGGGACUCAAAUGAGGUCCAGUCUACAUUGCUGGGCAAUAGUAGGAGAAAUGAGAUUUCAGAAGCUAUGGUGAGUGGGAUUAUUUUGCUGUCAGUCAAUGCCUGGUUUAAGCCAAUGAGAAGCAGGAUCAAUCUGUGAUUGACAGCAAAACGAUUCCACCCACAUGUGGUCUUUUGAAAGCUGAAUAUUCCUCAACAAAUAUAUUAGAUGCCAGGCAGAAAGUGAUAGUGACAGCCAUGCCGUACUGUUAUUCCGUUGUAGCAAUAGCAUAGCUCUCUUGUGCUUUCCACCAGCCUCAUUGUUAGUUUUUUUUUAAAGGAAGUAUGGAAGAAAGAGAGAACAGGUGCUAAAUAUAGACUUUUCUGCCUCCUGGUGCAAGGUAUUUUGUGACUGUGCAUUUGUUUUGAUAUUAGCAGAAAUAUUUAUAUGGAUUUUCUUUUGAAAUUGAUCAAUUCCAAGAGUUCUCAAGUGAUUUGUUCAAGCAUGUAAAAAAAAAAGAAAGUUUAUUUUUGGAGUUGAGAGAACCUUCAGAUGUAUUAUAUUUGCAGUAGAUAUGUUUAGUUUUCUUUAAAAUCUUUAAUGAACUAAUCAGAGCUCUAAGUUGUUUGAUCAU